AUGAGCAGCAAGGAAGACCCCAGCAAAUGCUGUCCGGCGGCUGCUCCCAUCUCCAGUUUUACCAUCCAGUCCAUCCUGGGCAGCAGCGGCAGCGCCGAACCCCCCCGGGAAACCGGUGGGAGGGUGACAGCCUGGCCCCCCCGCGGCCGGACCCUUUCCCUUUCCUCGGAGGACGAGGAACCGGAGGAAAGCUGGAAACAUCGCGGCUGUUUCUGCCCCGAAGCUCAAAGCCCCGCCGAGGCUUGCCGCAAGCACCAGCCCCUCACCUUUACUUGUCUCGGCAGCGCCAAGGGGAACGGAGCGGCGGCGGCGGGCAGCGGGGAGAGGGGGUCCUUCCUCUCGCCCCCCCAGCAGGACUGUAAGGAGGAGAAGGAGAAACCCCUGGGACCCUCCUCGCCCUCCUGCGGGGACCGGCAGCGCGACGGCGGGGACCGACAGGCCGGUGCGGCCAAGAAGAAGACGCGGACGGUGUUCAGCCGCAGCCAGGUCUAUCAGCUGGAAUCCACCUUCGACAUGAAGCGCUACCUGAGCAGCUCGGAACGGGCCUGCCUGGCUUCCAGCUUGCAGCUCACCGAGACCCAGGUGAAAACCUGGUUCCAGAACCGCAGGAACAAGUGGAAACGGCAGCUCUCGGCCGAGCUGGAGGCGGCCAACAUGGCCCACGCCUCGGCACAGACUCUGGUGGGGAUGCCGCUGGUGUUCAGAGACAAUUCCCUCCUCCGAGUGCCGGUGCCCCGGUCCAUCGCCUUCCCCGCUCCUCUCUACUACCCCGGCAGCAACCUCUCGGCCUUACCGCUCUACAACCUCUACAACAAGAUCGACUACUGA